AUCCCCGGGUCUCAGAUGCCGAGCUGUCGCCACCGAGGAAGGACGUUUAUUAGUUACAGCAUCGUUUUUAACUAUUUCUAACCACGCCGCAAUAUCUGCAGUAUUGAUAGUACUGCUCGCUGUGGCUGUUAGAUUUUUUGUAUUAUUAUUAUUACUUGUUAUUUAAUUCCAGCCUGUUAUUUAUAUAAACAUAUAUAUCCGUUUCUCGUGAGAUUAUUCUUCACUUCGGUCUACGUGUGAUCAGGCAGAAAGCCAAGCGCAGCAGCGGCAGAAGCAGCAGCCUUACCAUUGACAUUGGCAGCGCCGGUGGCUAAAUUAUUUUGACGUUGUCUUACAACACCAGCAAAGCAGAUUCUUGGAUUGAAUAAAUUGUCACUAUGGCCAGAGAAGAAAUGGGAAGGUUUAACAUUGCUAACGAUGAGGACACUACUAGCAACAGCUCAAACAGCAAUGAUGAUUUCAACUAUUCCGACUACCCCGCAAAGAAGCUCUCUAUCAAAGUACCUUAUGAUAUGGAUCCUGAAAAUCAGAAUUUCCUUCUUGAGCCAACGCACGCAAAAAAGAAAUGUGAAACAGAAUACCUUCCAGGGACCACUUCUUUUGGAAUGUCUGUGUUUAAUCUCAGCAAUGCCAUUGUGGGUAGUGGUAUUCUCGGUCUGUCAUAUGCCAUGGCCAAUACAGGAAUUGCGCUCUUUAUGAUUCUCUUGUCGUUUGUUUCAAUAUUUUCUCUGUAUUCCAUUCAUCUACUACUGAAAACUGCAAAUGAAGGAGGAUCCUUAUUAUAUGAGCAGCUCGGAUAUAAAGCGUUUGGCUAUGUCGGAAAAAUUGCUGCUUCUGGAUCUGUCACCAUGCAAAAUAUUGGAGCAAUGUCAAGCUACCUCUACAUAGUGAAAUAUGAGCUGCCUCUUGUAAUGAAGGAGCUGAUGGGGAUACACAAGGACACUGGAGUAUGGUACUUGAAUGGAGAUUACUUGGUGAUAAUGGUGUCUGUGUUUCUUAUCCUUCCUUUGUCACUACUGAAAAAUCUAGGGUACUUGGGCUAUACGAGUGGAUUUUCACUGAUGUGCAUGGUGUUUUUCCUCAUUGUUGUAAUCUACAAGAAAUUUGAGAUCCCAUGCCCUCUCUGGGAGCAGGAUGCCCUGAAUAUGACUCUAAACAGCUCAAUAUCAAGCUUGGUCACGCAUGCAGUAACACAUGAAGUAGAACACAAUAUGACAGAUGAUGAUAUGUGCAAACCACAGUACUUUGUCUAUAACUCCCAGACUGUGUAUGCUGUCCCAAUUUUGACAUUCUCUUUCGUCUGCCACCCAGCUGUCCUUCCCAUUUACCAAGAGCUUAAAGGGCGUAGCCGUAAAAGGAUGAUGAACGUGUCCAACGUUUCAUUUUUUUCCAUGUUUGUCAUGUAUCUCUUGGCUGCACUCUUCGGAUAUUUGACAUUUUAUGGAAAUGUUGAGCCAGAAUUACUCCAUACAUAUUCAAAGGUUCCAAAUGCUGGUGUGGUGUUUGUUGUUGUGCGUCUUGCAGUUCUCAUGGCAGUGACAUUAACAGUGCCAAUUGUAAUAUUCCCUAUUCGCAGCUCCAUUACUCAGCUUUUGUGUGCAGGGAAGGAUUUUGCUAUGUGGCGCCAUUUUAUCAUCACAUUUGGGAUACUGGCAUUCGCCAACAUCCUAGUCAUUUUUGUUCCAACUAUAAGGGAUAUCUUUGGAUUCAUUGGCGCCUCUGCUGCAGCAAUGCUGGUAUUUAUUCUCCCAUCAGCCUUUUACAUUAAGCUAGUGAAGAAAGAGUCUAUGAAAUCUGUGCAAAAGAUCGGGGCUACUCUAUUUCUCAUCAGUGGAAUAAUUGUUAUGAUCGGAAGUAUGACCCUGAUUGUCAUGGACUGGGUUCACCAGUCAUCAUCCGAUGGACAUUAAAUGACUUAAUGGGAAAGCCAGCACUUUGCUUGAAGUGGAUGAAUUCACUUUACAAGCCUUCUACUGAGAAUGAAAAAUACCAUUGUUGCAGUCUCAACUUCCUUCAAAACAUCAGUACUGUUAUAGAAUAAGGACAUUCUCAAGAGCCUUAUUCUAUGUCUCAACAAAACCAUUACCACCUUAAAUUCAAAAGUUCUGACAGAAGGAAGUAAUUUUAUUCCAUUCUAGAGAAUGGACAAAAAUAUCAAAGCUUAUUUCAAGCCAUAUGUUUGGCUAUUGUCACUUACUGUUACUUGUAAUGUCUAUGUUUAUUACUUGAAUGUGCCUACAGGAACCAUUGAUGUGAGAACACACUGCUACACUAAAAGUGUUAAUUUAUAUGGAGGUGUCAUGUUGACCCUCUCUUUUUGUACCAAAAAAAAACUCAGAAAGCACUUCUGAGGAGAGUGAUACAGUACAAAAUCAUGCUUUUAUUUAUUUUUUUGAAAAAAAAAAACUUAACUAGUUUCUUACAGUACAUGUAAAAUCAGCGGUCAGUAUUUUAGUAGAUAUUUGUUUUGUCACUUAAAUAUGACCCCAAAAAUGUAUCGUACAGAACACAGGCCAUUGUCCUGAAGAGUUAGAGGUAUAUCAUUAUGGAAAGCUUAAAGUGAAUAAUUUGUGAAGGAAACUAUCAGGGGCUUUUCUACAUUUUAAGGGAAAAAAGAGCGUGCUGAUGGAAAGCUGGAAUUGUUUCCAGUGAGGUUUCCUCCAUAAAUUACUCCUAGACAAUGGGUUGGCCUACUGUGUAGAAGAUGAUGACUUUGAAAUAUGUAUACCUGGUUUGGAAGCAUUUGGGUUUUUAUAAUUCAGCCACUGCUGCUCUGAUAUAAAUUAGGAAACCUUGGUGUUUCGUGACAAAGUGGAAAUUACAGCUAAAAAAAUAAGCAUGCUGUUUAGUCAAAUAUCACUAUCUUAUUGAUGGUAUUAUGAAGCAUGGUACAUACGUAAAAUAUUUUACAACGACUAAUUUAUUCAGUCCCAUGUCAGUUUACAGCUUGUACAGUAUUUCUCAAUAUUUAAAUCCUAAUUUAUGAAAACACUGAGUUACUUGAUAACUUUACAUUUAUCCUCAAUGCAAUUAGUCACCCUCUACAUGUUUUGGGUGUUUUGUUUGUUUUUUCCCCACAUGUAAAUGUUUACGUCUUACAGGACAUUUGCUGAGAUUCUGUAGAUCAAGAACAACAUCCCCACUGCCAAAACAGUACAUUUCUGCCAUUGGCAAGUGCAUGGAUACCUAGAAUUUAAAGAUAAAUGCAGUGGGUACGAACAACUGAAAUGUUAGAAGCAUUUUGUUUAUACAGAGGAUAACUGUUUGUAUUGGUUUAACUGCUUUUAUUUAAAGGGAAAUUAUCAUUCUAAAACACUGUUAGAAUAUAGACAGUAAUGCCAAUGGAUCAUUUGUCUAUAUAAUGUCAUCCUGUUACAUAUCGCAAUUUAAUAUGACAUCAGCAUAUCCCUUUUUUUUUUUAUUUUUAUCCUGAAUGAAAACAUUAGAUGCAAGAUUGUAGCUGGUGCAUUCUCAACCAAAAAAAGAUGGCACAGAUGUAAACAGUAACUUAGAAACAUCGAAUGUAACCAUCUGGUACAUAUAGGCUGCCUAUUUUUUCCGAUGUGAAGACCCAGACCUUAAUUAGUCUUGGUCUUGUCUUACAAUCAGGAUAGCUUUAUGCCUGUUCCGUGCAUGUUUAAAUUCCCUUACUGUAUUAGCCACUACCAAUAAUGGGGGCCAUUCAUACCAUCCUCUCAGUAAAGUUUUACUCCCUUACAAGUAGUAAGGAGCUGUUUGACCAGUGUCCCGUUGACUGUCUAAAUGGAUGGAAGAAAAGCAAGUACAUGGUACUUUUCCUCCAGUGGUCUGUUACAAAGAUAUGUUACAAUAUUGAAUUUAUUUAAUACAUAUUUUUGAGGUGGUAAUUUCCCUUCUUAAUAUUACUGUAGUGUAAAAAUGGGAUAUCUGUUUUAACGCUGUACAACAAAAAUCAUCCUGUAUGUUUUGACCAUUUGAACUAUUUUUUUUCACACUAUGCUUAAAUCGGUAGCAGCUACACAAAUGGCUGCAUGUGCUCUCCUCGUGACAUUUUGUAUAUUUUACUAUUUUUUUUUUUUUUUUCCAAAUUUGGUUUAUAUUUCCACAUCUCCUACUAGCAGGUGGAAAUUAUGUAUAUAUGUCUAAAAAAAAUUAAGAUCACAUCUUAGCACAAAGUAUUUCUGCCCUUUUUUUGUCACCUCAUUGUCUUCCACAGGCAAAUUUAACGCUAAUGUGCUAUUUAUAGAACAUUACAAUGUUGAAAGUCAAACCUAUUUUUCAAUAUUUAUGAAAUGUGUACAGUAGACUUUUGUAAAUAUAUGUUGUGUGUGUAUAUGUAUAUUAUAUAUUUUAAAUAUAUAUAUAUACAUACCAUGUACAUAUGAAAAUAUUUUGUUUUUUUUAUUUGCCAUGUAUUUUUCCUUUCUGGUUGUCCAUAAAACUGGAGGUUGUUUUCUUUAAUUAUUAAAGGGAAACCAUUUCUGAGGAGGAAGUGUUUUAAAUGUUCCUGUUUUUCUUCCUUUUCUUUUAUUUAAAUACUAACAAAUUGCUUACAUGAUUCCAAUUGCAACGGCCAUUUUUAAGUGGCACAGUAAAUUAAAACAGUACGUAUGGGUAGAUUUUCCGAAACCUUAUUAUUCUCAUGAAAAACGCCAUAUAAUAUUGUAACUUUCCCUGUACAAACAUUGGCAGUCUCUAACAAUAAUGAAUCUUUCAUUUUAGUCCCUGCUUGUCAGGAAUCUUCUAAAUAAUUUUAUUACAGCUCCAGUCAAACUAGAAUUACCAACAUACAAUUUUAAUUUUUUUUUUUUAAUUUACCUUUUAAUAACACUCUUGUUGGUGGAUGUUUCCAUCUGACACACUGAAAGAUAACUAAUUGCUCCUUGUGGAAAGUAACAAGCUUGGCUUCCUAUGUAUUUAUUGUUGUUAGUGGAAUAACUUUGGCUGUUAAUUGAAUUCCAACUCGUUUUUACCAAUGUUGCAACAUGAUACAGUUGAUAUUAAUUGCGUCUAUUAGGAAUUAUGUUGUUAAUGCUUUAAUAUGAGUGCCCCAUUGCCAUAUGUUAAUAUAACUAUGGGUUGCUCAAACAGUGCUUCAGCCUUGCAGCAAUAUGUAUAACUAUUAGGAAGACCAAAUGAAACUGAAUGGAACAAUUCCAACAAUAUUCUUGUAAAUACUUAUAACACAAUACUUUAAUUUUAAAGGUUCUUGACAGCAUCUAAAGUGUGGGCAUUUAUUGUGCUGUACAGUUUUGGGUUUCAUGGAUCACAUGGGUUAGUAUUAUCUGUAUAUUAAUGUACAAUAUUAUUCUACUCUUGCAAAAAUGCCAGAAACUGUUAUUUUGGGUUUCAAUGAAACACUGUAUGCUUUUAAUUAAAAUAAAAUAAAUAUACAUAA